CCCCCCCCCCCCCCGCGCGGCGCCUCGCUUCCUUCGAGCCCACGCCUGUAAGGCCACAACCCCACCGCACCGCACCGCCGGCCUCUCGAACCUGUAGAACGCGCGGGCGGGAGAAACCCUAGCCCGGACGGAGGACGGUCUCGUGGCGAUGGCGGCGGCGGCGGGGUGUGGCGGUGGGCCCGGCGGCGCCGAGGAGGGCGUAGGCGAGAGCUCGUCUCCACCUUGUGACGCAGCGCCCGCUGCCUCCGGCGGUGGCGGCGGCGGCGGCGGUAGCGGAGGAGGAGCGGGAGGCGGGGGCCUCCGCGACAUCUGCCGCGAGGUGUUCGAGCGCCUAGUCGCCGAUGGCCACGUGGAGGCGGCGGGGGCGUCCGGCCCCGAGCUCCGCGCCCGGCUCGAGACACACUUCAGCCGGCUCCCUACCAGUUAUCUGCUGGAUGUGAAUGUUGACAAAUCAGAGGAUGUGUUAAUCCAUCAGAAGGUCUUGGCAGAAGCAAAAGAUCCUGCUAGGUGCCUGGCAUUCUCUGUCCGUUUCCUCAGGCUUGAAGAGAUAAAUGUGGACGAGACAACUAACUCUGAUGCACAUGAAGAAGGGGCUGAUAUUGAUGCUCUUUCUACCAGGUCAGAGACAUCGUGCACACACAUUCAUGAGAUAGUCUUCUCCACUACCGACAAGCCCAAGCUACUUAGUCAGCUGUCUGCUUUGCUUUCUGACAUUGGACUGAACAUCAGGGAGGCACAUGUGUUCUCAACAACAGAUGGUUAUUCUCUUGAUGUUUUUGCUGUUGAUGGUUGGCCAAUUGAGGAUACUGGUGGUUUGCAUAAGGCACUAGAAGCAUCAAUUUUAAGAAAUGAGGGUUCAUGGUCUGGCUCUGAUUCCUCAACUUCAGAAAAAUCAUUGCCAUUCCAAGCAGAAGAUUGUGAAUCAGACAUUGACACAAGACUUCUGAAGAUUGGAAGGAAGGUUGCUUCUGGAUCUUGUGGGGAUAUGUUUCUUGGGACUUACCGUGGUGAAGAUGUUGCUGUCAAAGUCCUUAGUCCUGAGAAGUUGAAUCAAAAUGCAUGGGAUGAAUUUAAGCAAGAAAUCUGCAUGUUAAGGGAAGUUGAACAUCCCAAUAUUGUCGGAUUCAUUGGCUCAUGCACAAAGCCACCUCAGUUUUACAUAAUUACAGAAUGCAUGUCUAGAGGAAGCUUGUUUGAUUUAUUGCACAAUGAGCAUAAUGUUUUGGACCUCCAAACACUUCUGAAGUUCGCACUAGAUGUAUGCAGAGGAAUGUCUUACUUGCAUCAGAAGGGCAUCAUCCACAGAGAUUUAAAGUCUGCCAACCUUUUACUGGAUAAAGAUAAUGUUGUGAAAGUGGCAGAUUUUGGUCUAGCUCGUUUCCAGGAUCAUGGUGGUGCUAUGACAGCUGAAACCGGGACAUAUAGAUGGAUGGCACCAGAGGUUAUAAAUCAUCAGCCCUAUGACAACAAAGCAGAUGUGUACAGUUUUGCUCUUGUACUUUGGGAGCUCAUGACAUCCAAGAUUCCAUAUUCUACUAUGACUCCACUCCAGGCAGCUGUAGGUGUGAGACAGGGAUUACGCCCACAACUUCCAGAAAACGCACAUCCCAAGCUAUUAAACUUGCUGCAGAGAUGCUGGGAACCCAUUCCAUCUGACCGCCCUUCCUUCUCAGAUAUAAUUACUGAACUAGAGCUUAUUCAGGCACAAGCUCAGGCAACAUCGGACGAGACGAGCCAGAAACAAAAGGACGAUGACCCAGGCACUAAAGAUUGACCCUCUGCACAUACUUGUUGACAGUUUUUCUCACUAUCUGGUUGGCUGAGUUAGGAUCCGCGUCACUAACGUUGCAGAGACUAGCAUAUCAAUUGUUGGCCCAGUUUUGUCUGCACUUGGCGGGGCCUAAUUUUCCAGUAUUAUUCUCAUUUCCUACUGUCUUAGUAUCUUUUUUUCUUGCAUAAAGGAAAUCAGAAUGGCCUACCUGCUGAAUGACCUACAUGUACAUUCGGACGAAAAUUCACGCUUGCCCGUCACGCGAAAUGGUGGUGGAUGUUUCGAAUACAACAGCUGCUACUUACAUGUCAUCCAUCCAGUGACAAAAGGCAUCAUAUUGCAUUGCAUGUUCCUAGUAUCUUUUCCCCCUUUCAUGGGUGAAUAAAUACCUGUUCGGUGUGCGAAA